AUGAGACGUAAAUUCUAUCCCCAUUCUCCAUUCGUCAAUGGUCCGCAGGCCAUGAACAUUACCCAGCCGUUGUCUAGAGCUUCCUCUGUUGCUGAGGUGGACUUCCAGAGACUGUUUCAUGACAGCUCACAAACAAGACAGCGCAAAUUGUGGGGUGGUUACAGGGGAGGAUCGUUGCCUAAGAUUCCAAGACCAAAGAAAACCGCUUUUUUCUACUCCUCAUGGAGUAAAAGCGGCAAGAACAUCCGGUUGCCGGGCAUACCACUUUCCAGAAGAGGCAUCGCCAAUGCUCCACUGAGCUUGAAGUCAAAGACGAAGAGCUUUCACAGGAGGUUCUUCUCGGAUGAAGCUAGAAGACAAAGAAAAGAAAGAAGAAGAUUUGUUCGUUGGUGGACAUUGACGUCCUUGACUGUGGUCUUGGGUGGUGUUGCAUCCAAAAUCAUGUAUGAGAGGGACUCUUAUGAUGAGUACGAUGACGCAGAACCAUUCAGUCAGUACACCAUCAAGCCACAGUCUUGGCACCUUUAUGCAUACUCUACUCUUCCCUUGAAAACGAUCUCCAGGUUGUGGGGUCAGGUCAACAGCAUCAACUUACCUGUUUGGCUUAGAUCUCCUUCGUAUAAGCUCUAUUCUGCUUUAUUUGGUGUAAACUUGGAUGAGAUGGAAGAGCCGGACUUGACAACUUACCCAAAUCUUUCUGAAUUUUUCUACAGGAAAUUGAAAACAGGUGUACGUCCUUUGGCUGAUACAGAGUUGGUGUCACCAUCGGAUGGAAAGGUGCUCAAGUUCGGUGUAAUUGAGAACGGUGAGAUCGAGCAAGUGAAGGGAAUGACUUACUCGAUUGAUGCUUUACUUGGCUUGUCUACAAAGCGCUUGGCCGCUCCUACACACCUGUUGAAAUUCGAUCAUGAUUGUACACACGAAACUGUCAUCAAACGAGACCAAGAAUUUGCAAACUUGAAUGGAAUUUCUUACAGUUUAGAUGACAUUGUCGGAGGGGAAAACGAAAGCACACAUCAUAAAAACGAGUUGAAGUUUAAGGAUAAAGGUGAUGGUACUGCUGAAAGCUCCAAGCCUUCGUUCAGUAAGAACUUGCAAGUCGCCCAGAACUUGACGCCUACACCACUUGAGAGAUUGAGCCACAGUAAUCACAACAAUUUGUACUUUGCUGUGAUAUAUUUGGCUCCAGGAGAUUAUCAUCGCUACCACUCACCUACCAACUGGGUGACAACCUUGAGAAGGCAUUUUAUUGGAGAGCUUUUUUCUGUCGCGCCGUUUUUUCAAAAAACUUUGCAAGGCUUGUUUGUCUUGAAUGAAAGAGUUGCUCUUCUUGGCUACUGGAAAUAUGGCUUUUUCUCUAUGAUUCCAGUUGGUGCAACCAACGUUGGAAGCAUCGUGGUCAACUUUGACAAGGAUUUGAAGACCAAUGACAUUUAUGAACAUGAGGUGUACCUGAGAAAGCCCUCGCUGUCAAAUUCCUCCCACGAAAAAACAUCUCUUUUGAGCAGUAGUACCGGCGACUCAAGUCUGAACAGCACCCCAGGACCCGAAGAAAAUGACAAAGACCUGCAAACCAAACAAAAGAGAUUAAAAAAGAACACAGUAUAUGAGGCCACAUAUACGGGUGCGAGCUCAUUAUUGGGAGGGUUUCCGUUGAGUAAGGGAGAAGAGGUAGGAGGCUUUAAAUUGGGUUCGACAGUUGUCUUGGUUUUCGAGGCACCUGACAAUUUCAAGUUUGACCUAGAGGUAGGUCAGAAGAUCAAGAUGGGAGAGACUUUGGGCAACUUCCACUGA